AUGAAAGAGAUCAAGGCUGUUGCCACUGGUGUGAAAGUAAGCUUCACGAAGGGCAGGAUCUUGAAGGUCAAAGGCCCAAAACGCAAGGUGGAUCACCUUGUGGAAUUCAUGCAGCAACUGGUGGUCGUGGCCAAUCCUUCACCGUUGUCGGCCGCUAAACCAGAAAGGCUCCAUUGCUCUGUCGCAAAGACACAAGGCGAGUGGGGAGUAGAGGAAGUGGAUGAUAUUGCGCUCCAUAUCGCCACCGUCACCAACAAUCCGGCAGACUUUUCCCUGCAACAAACGUGCCUUUAUCAACUGCUUGAUGUGGCUCCCGCUGGUAGCAAAAGCCCAGCGCACAAAUUAAUCGACCAGCUUCAGGAUGCGUUGCGUGGUGUGAGUGGUUUAGUCAUGAAAACCACUCCCCAUGUAACCAUCUUAAGCCGCAAAUCCACCAAAUCGCGGCAACAACAGCAAGCCAGCAAUAACACCAUCCAAGACCCACUUAGCUUUACUCUACCGGUUCGCCUUGAUGAUGCCUUUCAACAAGCUGUCCUUAUGUGCGAACGAUCUAAGGAGAUGGCGGCAAGGAAUAUUGUGAUCAAAGCCAUGGAAGCCAAUGGUGUUUGUGAGGAUUCUUCGGUGGGACUCAAGCUUUUAUUGUAA